AUGCAAUACGAGCCCCUCGCCAUAUCAGAACAGCACCCAGAACCCGGCAAAGCACUCGACUCGCCUCCUUCUUCCCAACAUGGCUCCCAUCAGCAAUGCGACUCAUCUCAUCGAGACCGUCUCGACGGUCACAGCGGAAGUGCCUCGCCGCACUCCGUGCGACGCGAUCACCACGAUGACCUCCCCGCGGGGUUUGACGCUGGAUAUCUCAACGAGCGAUUGCGUGGCCUAAGCCUUGAUCACCCGCUUGCAGAAAGCGCUGUACUCCCCGGAAAACGCAUUGCUGACUAUGAGAACGCGGUCACCCCCCCUACACCCAAGCAGGGCCUCGGAUUCAAAGUCAUCAAGCGCCGGAGUGACUCACAUACCGAAGGCAUCCACAUCGAAGACUUCCCUAAUGAGGUCUUGACGCACAUUCUGUCGCACCUCCAUCCUGAUUCCCAUGCUGCCGUGUCACUGGUGUCCAAACGCUUGUAUGCGCUCAUAACAACGCCACAUGCGUGGCGCAUGGCAUUCUUGCGAUACUUCCCUGCGCACACCUUACUCAACACGAAGAGUGGCAAGGCAAGCAGCGUCUGGUCAGAGUCGGUGACAGAUGUCGUCCGGUCCGAGACCCGCCACUUUACGCGCCUCACCCCCCUCGCUACCUGGAGGAGUGAAUACCUGUUCAGGACUAGGUUGAUACGGAGUCUUGAGCGAGGCAAACCGGGAAACGGCAUCGGAUCAUCAGGUCGCACAAGCCAGUCAGGCAAGAAGAACAAUGCCGUCUUGACCUACAACUCGAAGCUGCCUUGGCUGAUCACCAACAUCCACGCUGUUUUCAACAAUGGCAAGAAACCUCCUCGUGCUAUCCAGGGCGCAGCCGCUCUGGGAGUUGGCACCAUGAGUGACCCGACCAGCGGCAAAAUUGAGAAAUGGGGCCUCGAGGAUCCUUUUUCGAUCCUCCAGCUAGAUGAGAUUGCGCCCAACACCGUCCCCUACGGCUUAGGAGACGGCCCAGCUGCUGUGCCCAACGUCAUGGAUGUCAGUCAGCCUUACGGCCUCUUGGCUGGAGAGGGGUUCCCUGGCGGGCGUGCCUACUUUCGGGCUGUCAACGAGAAUCGAGGUCGCUACUUGGGCGCGGAGUCGAGCGUCACAGACGCAAACCCCGAUAUCCCCAAGAUUCCCGAAAUUUCGGAUGCUGUCUCUGCCGUGUGGCUGGCCAAAUCGUCUGCUGUCCCAGCAGCUACAUCUGCCAUGGUUGGCAUGUUGGUUGGCUCUACACUUGGCGUCAUCACUGCCUUCGCGCUCGGAUGGGACUCAUCAGGUCCUAGGCUCGCCAGUGGAGACAUGACUGCGACGUGGGUGCUGAGCCCCGGUGUGCCCAUCAUCUCCAUCAAGGUUGACGAUCAUUACAAUGCCAAGCGCAAGUCGAGCAACAGGGUAUGGGCAGUUGCACUCAACGCCCUGGGCGAAGUCUUCUAUAUGACGGAGACACCCGCCCACAACCUAAGCAACGUCAAGGGGGAGGAUGUGCGCAAGAAUGCCUGGUACGCUGGUCGCACAGCAUACUGGCAUUUGCUUGAAGCAACGCGGCGCGUGGCUCGACCGGACGAGCUGGACCAAAAUGUCCUUCGCGGCACCUACUCCCCUCGAUCACCUGCUGAUUUCAUGAAGCUGAAUCAGGAGCAGAUGACCGCAGAAGCCCGCGAGGUCGAGAAAUACCUGCAUUACACACCUUCCCAUUUCGUCAAGGUCUGCGAAGGCUGGGACAUGCGGCGCAGGUUGGAAGUGGACUUUGCCAACGACGAUGGAAAAGGGGCCGGUGAAGGCAUCUUCGUGUUCGACUGCGGCUUGGCAGAGGGUCGCCCUGCCUGUGUGUACCGGUAUCAGCGCACAUCUGCCCAGGGCCAGCAGGCAAUGCCUGGCGCGUCUUCUAGCCCGACGCCGCCUUCUCUAUUUGGCCGCGUCGAUGGGGAGGCAGUGGAUUCCACAUCGACCCCUGACGCCCAGAACCCCAAACCUCCCCCACCGACCCCCCUCAGCCCUGGCGAGACUUCUUCACCAAAACAACAUAAGUGGUGGUGCCAUGCGCUCAAGUUCAAGACGUCUCCUUCCACGGUCAUCACUGCCACUGCGUUGGACUGCUCCACCCAUGCUGUCACCAGACUGACAGAGGAUCCCCUUCAUAUGGCUGCCCAAGGCACUAGCAACGACGUUGAGAUCCCUGGCCGUCGUGCGCGCUUCCUCGUGCUGGGCACUGAGUCUGGUGCUGUCGUUGCCUGGAAUGGGAGAGAAAGGCCUAGUAGCUCUGAUCUACUUCCUGUUCGCACCAUCCAGACCGAAUCACCGCAAGUCUCCAGCGUCGCGGCCUCCUCCCUGUACAUUGUGCAUGGCGGAAGCGAUGGCCUUGUUCAAGCAUGGGAUCCCCUGGCUUCCAACACGGAGGUGGUCAGAACACUGAAUGCCAGAUCGAAUGGCCGCGUACCCCGGCACAUGGUCACUAUGAAUCCGGCAUUGUCGGCGGAGCAUUACUGUGCUGCUAGUGCCAUCUACCUCGAUCCGGACCCGACUGUUCUGCGUGGAAUCGUGUCGUUUGGCGCAUUCAUGCGCUACUGGUCCUACAGUUCGACCCCUCAUCAUCCCGGCCGCAAGCGUCGUCUCCGACACUCUGAUAUCCAUGGCCGAAUCGCCAGCCGUCGCCACGCCGGGACGAGCUCGAGGUACAUUGCUGCCGAAGAAGCCGAGCUGCGUCGGGAGAAUGAAGACCGAGAACGCGAAAAAGCGCGCCUACGCAGUCGCUUUGGCGUUGGCGCGUUGGGCGAUCUGACGGAAGAGGAGCAGCUGCUGUACGCGCAGAUGGUGUCUGAAGAGGCGUUUGCCGUGGAGGAGCGACGGCGCACGAGUGACUCUGCCGAAGCCAGUAUCGACACAGCCUCGUCCUGGAGCGAGACGACGGCGGAGGUAGUCACCCCUGAAGCCAGCGUUGCGGGGCCUUCCGCCUCAGCGCCCAUCGUCGAGGAAGAUUCGGACUAUGAGCAGCAGGUCCAGCAAGCGUUGCGUCUAUCGCUGAUGGAAGGCGUGAACGACGUGGCGGCACAGUCACCGCGUAGCCAGGGGCCUGGGGACUUUGAGUUUGCCGUCAAGUUCAGGCCCAUGGGUGGCAAGAAUCGCCAGUUUUCACGGUCUGGUUCCAAUGAGUCGCCUCCAGCGAGCCACACGCCCAGUAUGCCAUCUCUGGGCAAUUUGGCUCGGCCAUCGACGCAAGAAGAGGAGGACCUUGCCUUGGCUCUCAGUUUGAGCAUGGCUGAUCAGGAUCCCUCUUCCUCGGCAGCCAUUGAGAACGGCCAUGCUGAGGUCGAGGAAUUUCCGACAUUGAUGACCGAAGGGGUUGGCAAGGGCAAGGGGGUGAGCAGAUGCACCCGCGCCAUCACCUUCGUCAUCUUCAUCACCAUCUUCGCUGCUUCCCGUCGCCUUGGGCCUGCUCUCGCCCUCAAAAGUGGCGACUCCCUUGUCCGUCUCACGGCUACUUGUAGAGCGGUAGCCGCCGCGUGUGAGCCGGACAUCCUCACGCCGUCUUGUUCCACCGUGAGCACCUCGCCUCCCAUGGUGGUCGUGACAUCCGCAACGUCCACGCUGAGGGUUUUGCCGUUGAUGAAAAUGACAUUGUCAGAUGGCGAGGCCAUCCUUGCUGUCUUUGAUUGA